GCUCACGACGCAAAAAGCCGCGCCUUGAAUCGUUGGCCAAUCCAGAAGGAUUCUCAGGAGCAGUUCUGGCAGGCAAAAAUCCCUUUCAGGAUACGGAUGAAGUCCUCAAACGCUUUGCGAGACACGGAGGACCGGAUCUGAGUGAUCUACGGGGGGUAAGUCGAUUGCUUCUACUGCCGUCGAGGAGUUCCGUCUAAUGCAUUAGUUUCCUGAUAUGAGUCCUCGGAUCGAUGGCGACGGCGACGGCGACGACGACUGCGAGAUGUUGUCCUUCCAUUCCUCGUUGGAGACUCGUACACCCUCUUGUCAUCGAGAAUCAAACAGCGAGGCCCAGCGUGAUAUAGAGGUCUCACCAACGCCCUCCUGCGGACAGAUUCUUCCCUGCGACCGAACAACGCAGGGGAAGAUCUCCUCUGCAACAACGCCGCGGCAACCACACAAGCUGGACGUCACGGGCGUCCUGGUACAAAACGGCAUCUUUUCCCACGGACAAGCCGCUCGACCGCACAAUGAAGACGACAUCCGAGCCGCCCUGGGCAAACGGCGCGACUCGAUACGCAGUCUGACAGGCGAGGACUUUGCCGCCUUCUGCGAACGCACGCGCCGUGCCGAGACCAAACCCGAGGUGAUCACCGCGGUGGUCUUCCCCUUCCUGCUAGGCGACUACCGCAAGAUGGUCUGGGGCGGCGAACGCUUCUUCGACAACAUGGAACCCCUGCAAGACGACGCCGUCAGCCCGCUGACCGUGCCCGCGCCGGAAGUUGAGGCCGCGCAACCCGAUCUCGUCGACGGGGUUGACGCCCGGGUUCUCUACCGGGAUAUCCAGGACGAGCUGGACAGAUACGUCGUCCCGUCCUCGUACCAGAAGAGGAAUAGUACCGGAAAGAGGAAAAAAAGGAAGAAGAAGAAGAGAAACAGCUGUGCAAACGAGGACGUCGUGGUGCCCAACUUCUUCGUCCAGGUGGCUGCGUACGGCGACGACAUCGAGACUACGAUGAGACUGGCGCGGUACUACGGGGCAUUCGGGGCACGCGCGAUUGAAAAGCUCAAACGCUGGCGACAGGAGAAAUCGUUCAACGCGCCAGCCACGUCGACGUCAAAGAUUAGCAAGAUCAGCAGUGAUUAUCCGGAGCGAGAUGGCGCCGGCAGCGCCUAUACGAUCGUCGCCGGGUACGCGCAGGGCACGCUGCGGCUGGAAUCAGUGCACGCGGGAUGCUCGUCGCACCCGCGCCGGCCGGUCGAGUUCCACUGCACGGAGCUGGGGUUGUGGCGGUUGACCGACGGUCUGGAGACGUUCCGGCAGGGGAUAGCUGCGUUUCGGAACGCGAGGGACUGGGCGCGCACGCAGCGGGAUGUGUAUGUUGUGUUGGCGAAUCUGAUGUACAUUGAGGAGAAGAUGAGUCAGAGAUGAGGACUGUAUAUGGAUGUUACAAAGCAACAACAAGAACUAUCUAGGCAUGAACUAAUCCAUAUCCACAACAUCAGU